CUAGUUAAAGAAGAAGAGACACUUGAGCUGUUUGCGCAUCUUACUGCGCAUGUUAGUGUAAACGCAUGUUGCUGCAUUUAUUUCUGUUCAGGAUUGCUUGACUUUUGUGACACGUUUAUCUAAAAUGCCACCCAAGGGAAAAGGUGGAAAGGGUGGUAAAGGAGGUGCUUCUGGGGGUGCAGACGCAGACAAGAAAGAAAAAGCACCCAAGGGAGGCACUUCUGUGAAGGUUCGACAUGUCCUCUGUGAAAAACAUGGAAAAUGCAUGGAGGCGAUGGAGAAACUGAAGGCUGGAGUCCGUUUCAGUGAAGUAGCGUCACAAUACAGUGAAGACAAAGCUAGACAAGGAGGUGAUCUGGGUUGGAUGACGCGAGGAUCAAUGGUUGGACCUUUCCAGGAUGCAGCAUUUGCCCUGCCUGUCAGUUCCAUGGAUAAACCUGUCUACACAGACCCUCCCGUCAAGACAAAGUUUGGGUACCACAUCAUUAUGGUAGAGGGGAAAAAGUGAUGUGGUACAGCUUAACACUUUCUAUUUUAUUACAAAUUCUACAUUGUGCUAAUAAUUGUUUACUGUGUAUUUCCUGAUCUUUCAUUGCAAUGGUUGCUUUCAUUUUUCUGGAAUGUUUUAAGAACAAAAUUAAACAAUCCUCAUCUGUCUGCUUUGUCCUUGGUUAAAUAUAUUCCACCUUGCUGACAAUUCAACCUGAGAGAAUAUUCUGAGAGAAAGUUUAGUCUGAAUGUUCACAUAAUUCACAUGGUUUUUCAGUUUAUGGAAAUCAAACCACAGAUGACCAAAUAAAUGCAUUUUCAAGUCAAGUUGUA